UUAUUAUAAGAUCUGCUUGAUCGUUGCCAUGCUAGAAGGCCAGCCGUUGUAUCGAAUGUCUCGUGGUUUGAUGUUUUAUAUAGAAGCUUGGUCAAUAAUGCUCAAUCAAAUGUGAUUUGAACGUUGAUUUGAUGUUGGGGUGGGUGUUGAUUUGUUUAGACUUCUAGGGACCUCCUCCAGCAUUGAUCCCCCGGGUGUAGAUCUAGUUCCCUGAUGGUUUUUGGUUUUCCAAAAUGAUGAUGGUGAUGAUUUUUCCUACAGACUGCCAGCUCGAGAAGCUGCCGAUGAGACCCCGUGAUCGGGCCAGAGUCAUUGAUGCUGUCAAACAUGCCCACAAAUUCUGCAACACAGAAGAAGAGGAAAAUGUUUACCUGCGCAGGCCAGAAGGCAUUGAACGACAAUACAGGAAAAAGUGUGGAAAGUGUGGCCUGCUCCUUUUUUACCAACACCAGCUGAAGAAUGCUCCAGUGACGUUCAUUGUGGAUGGCGCUGUGGUCAAAUUUGGGCAGGGCUUUGGGAAAACCAACAUCUACACCCAGAAGCAAGAGCCCCCUAAGAAGGUUAUGAUGACCAAACGGACCAAAGACAUGGGCAAGUUCAGCUCAGUUACUGUCUCCACUAUUGAUGAAGAAGAAGAAGAGAUUGAAGCGCGAGAGAUUGCUGAUUCAUAUGCUCAAAAUGCCAAAGUGAUCGAGAAGCAGCUGGAAAGGAAAGGAAUGAGCAAGAGAAGGCUGCAAGAACUGGCCGAGCUGGAAGCCAAGAAGGCCAAAAUGAAAGGCACGCUCAUUGACAAUCAGUUCAAAUAAGAUGUUUAUCUUUGGCGAAAGGAAGAAAAGCAACCCUCAACAUUUUGCCUCCCUUCUGGUUCGUCCAAGAAAUCUGGCCGCCUUCAUGAAAAUGCAGUUUUUUCUAAUGUAUCGCCUAUACCCUAGGUUUUAAUUUCCUUUGAGGCCUUUUCAAGUUUCUGAGAAGUAUCCUGCUAUAAUUUGCUGUAUUCAGUUUUGCAAGAAGUUGUAAAAUGUACGUGUGUGAGGAGCAUUGGCUCAUUUAUGCAGGUUUUUUUUUUUGGUCAUUUGUAUAUUUUCAUAUGUAUGUAAAAUUCUGGCGAGAUAGAAACCAAUGCAGAAAAACAAACAUUUGGUAAAUAAUUGUUUCCAUGGGAUUGUCAUUCCUUUAAUCCGCUGAAAUUUGUGUAGAUGCCUUAGGUGUCUCACAUGACUGUCCAGUCUGGAAGCUAAGCAGGGUCAGGCCUGGGUACAACUUGGGUGGGAGGCUUCUAGGAGUACCAGAACUGUAGACCUGACUGGGAAUGUUUAAAAAAUGUCAAAUGUUAAACAAACCAUGGCUUAAUGUGAGCCCAACACAAUAUGCCAUUCAAGGUGGCUGAUUUCAAUUAUAUUUCUCUUUAAUUUCAUGUAUUAUUUUAUGCCGCUUCUGUUCGUACACUGAUGUCACCAUUAAAAGUUAAAUUUAAAUGACCAACCAUUAAA